UUUUCAAAGUGGACGGUACAGGUAACUGAGGCGUGACUCGAGGAGGUUGAUAUUACGGUCAUACAUCAGUCUGUGUAACUGCACGCUAUCAGUUCUGACAAUCGACACCCUUCGAGAUAAUGUUGUAUUUAAUAGGAUUGGGGUUAGGCUCAUUUUCAGAUUUGACGAUCAAAGGUUUGGAUGUACUCAAAAAGUGUGACUAUGUGUACCUUGAUAGUUACACUUCUAUAUUCUCUGAAGAAAAUAUCAAUGAACUAAAGAUAGCUGAGAAGUGUAUAUUCCCAGCCGAUCGAGAAUUUGUAGAACAAAGUAGUGAAAUCCUUGAUCGAGCGAAGGAGCAUGACGUUGCAUUCCUAGUUAUAGGUGACCCUUUGGGAGCAACUACUCAUAGUGAUAUUAUAUUGCGAGCUGUUGAAAGAAAUAUUCCCUACCAAAUAAUUCACAAUGCCUCAGUUAUAACAGCAGUGGGAUGCUGUGGCCUGCAGCUGUACAAUUUUGGUAUUACUGUAUCAAUUCCUUUAUGGGAUGAAUUUGGGCGUCCAGAGAGUUUUUUUGACAAGAUACUGAAAAAUUUGAGGAAUGGAUUCCACACUUUGUGUUUGCUGGAUAUAAAGGUCAAAGAAAGAACUCUGGAGAACCUUCUGCGUGAUCGAAAAAUAUUUGAACCUCCGCGCUUCAUGAACUGCUUCGAGGCUGUGUAUCAAAUAGUAGAAGCUCUAAACAAAAAAAGUGAAGAUCUGUUGGAAUGGGCAAAUCCAAUAGUAAAAUCUUGCAUCGUCAUCAGUCUUUCACGAAUAGGAUCUGAUGAUCAAAAAAUUAUCGUCUCAAGAAUAAGCGAUGUAUACAAGGCUCGAAUGAACUUAAAUAACCCUGAAGUUAUUUUUGGUGGUCCACCACACAGCAUAAUAAUACCUGGAACAAUACAUCCACUAGAAGCAGAAUUUCUACUGGCACGCUACCAGAACAAGGUUGAGGAUCAAUCUUAUUUGCCAAAAUUCUUUAUCUUCGAAGAAGAUGGUUAUGUACUGCACCACUUCAAGAACCUUUUAUAUACACACAACAGAACAAUCAAUAGCAUUCAACUUCGUCAAAACACAAUAACACACUUGUAAAAAUAUAAGGCAAAUCCAACUAUUUAUUAUUUUUGUUACUUAUUAUUAAUUUGUUGCUCCACUAUUCUAAUCAGAGCCGUUGUCGUUUUUAGCCCUUUGACUAACGGACACACGGGGUUCUCAUAUUUUUAUUAAUUUCCACAUAACAGUGAAUAAUUUAGUUGGUAUGAUUACUACUACUCUCGGACACUAGUCUUUUUAACUUAUGGAAGUGGUUAACAUGUUCAUGAGUGUUAAGCCGCAUAGUUUGCAAAACCCUAAAACAAAUAAACAACAUCUAAACUGCAUAAAUCGGUGUAACUCGUGCAGUAGAGUACCUACUCUUCAUGCUGGAUGCAUGAGAGAACUUAAGUAUUCAGCGAACAUAAUAAUAUUUACGCCAUACAACGUAACCAACAAAUACUUCAAAGUGUGUUGAGAAUAGGCAGGCGAAAACCAUGCAACUGUCCACUUGGAUACCCAUUGAAUAUAUCGUACCUAUCGGAAUACAAAAACCAGGGAACCCCAUACUACGACCGAUGAUAGAUUCCAGGAAUACCCCCACUUAUGAAUUGCCAAAACACAGCUCUAAUAUUGUCCCAUUGGAUACCGUUCAAACUCUAGACUAACCAAUUCAUAUGAAAUGAAAAAGAAACUAAAUGACAUUCAAUUAGAAAACAAUGGUUAGUUUUUUUAUAACUAGUCUGUACACUAAUAUACCUAUCAAUAUGGCCUUAGAAGCGGUUAAAAGAGAACUAACUUCUGAUCUCCAACUUACUCAUAGGACGAAGCUGCCUCAAAUCUACUGUAUUUAAAUUCCAGGACAAAAUAUACAGACAAACAAAAGGUGUAUCAAUAGGAUGGAUCACCAAUAUCCCCUAUCGUAGCAGAUAUAUUUU